AUGCUGUCAGACACCAAUGGAUGGUUUUUCUACCCGCAUGGAAUGUUCUAUGGAUCAUACUGUAUUCAAUGUUGCAUGUCAAUCCCACAUUUUGUAUGCUAUCCAUUUAACCCUGCAGAACUCACUCGAGCAGCAGCAUACUUCAAAAGAAUGACCGACAAAGUGGAACAGCAACAGCAGAACAGUAAUAAUGGACAACAGUGGGGCCCAUUUCCACCUCCCUUCAACGGAAGAACUGGAGAACAUCCAUUCAACUAUGAGGAGCAACACCGGGUUGGUGAUGGGCCCGCAGGAGAUUUUGAUCAAGACGCGGCUCGUCAGCAGGCCAAUCCAUUCAUGCAACAAUUAUUUCCCAGAUUUAGUAUACCAUUCCCGGAUUUUACCGAAUAUCAGCGUUUCAAUAAUUUUCAACGAAACGCAUUUUUUCCCAACCCUUUCGGGCCACAGUUUGGUAACCCGGGAUACCCAUUUCAUCUUAAUCCAAUGCACAACCCGAUGACUGGUAUGGAUGGUUUCAAUUUCCCACAUGGUCAACAUCCACCUGCUCCAACUAAUCCCAAAAGUGGAAAAGAAAGUGUGUUGUCCCACCAAAACUCAUCUCAGAGCUCCGAAGAUGUUCAAGAUAAACCACCAGUUCUGUCAGCGGAGUAUAACAUGAAGCCAAAUAUUGAGCAGAAGUUCGAGAGCGGUUCAGAGUUCUCCAUGGUUCCGAAAGACGAACCAGCUGAUGAAUCUAUGAAAGAUCAUCAUAACAAGAAACAAGAACCACAUCCAUUCCCAUUCCCACCUCCAUUGUCAGCUGAGAAACCGUUUGAGCAAGCAAGAAUUCGUGAAGAUGUGCUCGCUUUUAAUCCACCGCCGUUUUAUCAGUCACCAUUAGACAUGGGCUCAAAUAACACUUUCAAACAAGAAAUGUCUACUCCACCUGUCAUUGACGGUCACUUGGAUUACAGAAGACUUGAUUCAGAAGCAAAGCGUCUUGAAUUUUCCUCAGGAGGAGCGUUACAUGACUGUCAAGUUUGCCUAUCCACCCAUGCAAAUGGACUUCACUUUGGAGCACGUACUUGUGCAGCGUGUGCCGCAUUCUUCAGACGUACCAUCAGCGACGAUAAGCGUUAUGUGUGCAAACGCAAUCAACGAUGUACAAACGCUAGCCGAGACGGCACCGGAUACCGUAAAAUCUGUCGGAGUUGCAGAAUGAAGCGUUGCAUAGAUAUCGGAAUGUUACCUGAGACAAGUUCACGAGCUUUGGCUUCACGUUCCUUGCGAGCUUUACGCUCCUCCUUGGUUUCCUGUUUGGAAGAGGAUGAAGAUGGUGCCGAUGCGGCAGAUGUUGAAGGUUUCGAUGACUUCGACUUCGAUGAAGACGAUGGUCCAGAAGUACUUGGGCCAGCAGAUGAGGAGCUAGCUCCAGCAGAAGACGAGCUUGGUUUCGAGCUUGACUUAGAGGUGCUUGGCUUGGAAGAGGAUCCAGGAGCCUUGGAGUCACUAUCACUGUCACUGUCAUCAGAGACUUCUUCAACACGUCCUUCACCGUUGUCCUCUAGCUCAGCAAGGUCUCCCCGAUUCAAAACUUCCUUUGGCGUCCACAAAGACAGUGGCCUCGGAGCGGUCACUGAUUCCAUAGACAAUACGCUUGUUGAUGACACCAACUUUGGUGAUUGGUCCUUUCACCCAUCUCUCCCAACGGAUGGCGUUAUCCUCAUCUCUGAGCUUAGUGUCGAAAGAUUUGAGCGAUCCAUCGGUGUCGCCAGUGAUGAGAUGAGUUCCGUUGAGGUAGAACUGCAUGUCGACGACUCCGGCUUUGUGGCGCUUCUGAAAAAAAGUGGGUGUCAAAUUUUGGAAUGGGGAAUAACAAAAAUUCCCUAA